AUGACCUACAUGGCGUCGUGCGGGGAUGUCAUCUGCGACAAGUUGAACUCGACGGACGUGCAGUGGUUCAAGAUCGACCAGGUCGGGAAGAAGAGCGACGGAAAGACUUGGGUGCAGGCGAAUAUCAUGAACGGCGGCUCCUUCAUCAUCACGCUCCUCGACAACCUCACCCCCGGCGACUACCUCAUCCGCCACGAGAUCAGUGAUCUACCUGUCCUGCACUCAGUCUUCCAUAACGACGACAUCCCAUGCGGCGCACUCUCGAACCUCGUUGGGACAUUCGACGGCACCGGCGUCGCGAUCACUUGCGCCUCGACCCUCCCUUUUGUGAGCGGCGCGACCUCCACCAAGCGUGACGGGCACGAAGACCCCGUCUGGCUCCUCCACGUCACCACGGGCUCGUCGAAGAGCCGGUGCAAGCUCAAGAAGCGCGCCGUCGCCGAGGACGCGGUGGUCUUCCCGCGGCACAUCUCGCGCGUGAUGGCACGGGUACCGGUACCUGCUGCACUCGUCCGAGUUCUUGGACUGAGUACUGAGCACUGA